AUGGGCUUAUGUUGUUCAGCGGAUGGCCAACAGCAAAUGGAACAGUUUGAUUAUUUACAACAUCAUCAAUUACAUCAUCAUAAUGAGCGAAAGCAAUUAAUUGAUCAUAAUUUGCUCCCAAAUUCACAGUAUGGCAUUAGGAUGGGUGUAGCAAUGAUGAUGGAGCAAGCAACAGCUCUAGCCAAGGCCCCACCAGGUGUGGAAGUGUUAACUUUGGAAUCAGAAAUACGAAAAGCCAAAGCAGAAGGUCGUACUGUUACUAUUACAAAUGGCUGCGUUUAUUUCGAUUAUCAGCUGGUCGGUCGCAUUUCGUCUGAUACCAAUUUUCACGCAUGA